AUGGAAGUGAAUUCAAAAGUUGUACUUACUUUUAUACUGUGCUUCAUUACGUUGACGUCUGGAUUCGUUAUUCGACCAUUUGAAAACAUUAAGUUCGAUAUUCCUGGAGGUGAUAAAUCGUUAGACCUCGAAGUAAUAGGCAAGAAUAUAAACGACGAAAACCUGCCUACGACCACGUCGACAACUGAUUCGAAAGCCUCUACUAUUCCACAUACUACAACAACUACCGUCGGCUAUGAUAAGGAUGAUACGGAUGAUACGGAUGAAAGCUAUGACGAAGAUCGGGAUACUCCAUCUCAAUUUUUAAUGUUUACUUACAAUCACAUUAACCAAUGA